GCCUCUGACGCGAGAGGCGUAUAUCGUAAUGGCCGCGACUUGAUUUGCAGGCGAGGGGCCUACGUGCGAAGGCGAUACGCGAACGGGCGCGAGCGAGUGCGAGAGAGGAGGAGGAGAAGGAGGUCUGUGCGGAGAGUUCGGUGCGGAGCAGCGCGAACAGCGAGGUACGAGUCGCAGUCAUCGUCGUCGAGGCCUCGUCCGUCCGUCCGUCCGUCCGCUCGCUCGCUCGCUCGCUCGCUCGGGAAAGCCAGUCGUCCCGCGGGAGUUGUGUGCGUGCGUGUUGCAAGAGUGGGUGGGCGAGGCGCGUUUCCUCACUCGGGUUCCCCGCACGCAUUCUGCCCGAGUUACCGUCGCGCGACGAGCGCUCGCUUGCUCGCGCGCGCGCGCGAGCGUGUGUGUGUGUGUGCGCGUGUCGCGCGUGCGGUGUGUGCCUGCGCGCGUGUAGUACACGAGUGCGUGAGUGAGUGCGCGAGGCUGCACUCCGGGGGCGGCAGCGCGGCGGUGCGUCGAUCGCGCGAGGAUCGCGGCAGCGAUGAGCGACGACAGGAGCGAGGACGAUCCGAUCAUGGACCUCUGGUACAGCAACUGGGAGCAGCAGUGCGUCGAGGCGCUCGAGUCCGAGCCCGAUUACGAGAGUCAGCUGCACAACGAGAAGGAGAUCUACUCGCAGCAGAUGUGGACGAAAUUCCAGACGACCGCGUCGGCCAUCGCCCAGUUAUACAAAGACCGCACGCUGGGUGUCUCGCUGUGGGUGCCCUUUCAGACUGCCGCUGGCACCGUCACGUCAUUGUACAAAGAUUCAGUGGAUUGCAUGAGGCGAUGCAGCGACUUGGGAGUAGAAAUGGGCAAGCAGAAACGUUGUAAAGAAAUAAUGAAUUGGGCUAGGAAAAAAAGGCGUAUGAUUCGCAGGGAAGAUCUUCUUGCAUAUCUCGCUGGAAAGCCACCUCCACCUCGCUCGCAUCCUCACAGAAGUUCACCUAAGCCACGUAUGAUGGUAUGUGGUUCCCCGUCGUCGCAAAGUCAAACAGCGAGUAUGGUUAUCGCUCCAGUGCCGACAACAGGCACUGAUCCAGAUCCCGAGUUACACACAUUUAGGGAAGCAUUGUCGGGUUCUCCGGUGUCUCGGCGUGGCGGAAGACAAGCCGAACUGUCGGCCUUUAUUAGCAACGAAUUGGCUCGACAUCAUAAACGGCCUGCUUCACACGACGUGGAUAUGGGAUCACCCACGCACAAACGUAUGCGCACUACACUGUAACGGCGCGCGACGCGUACGGUAGCUUUACUCCCUCGUUCCCUGUUAAUUAAUCGACCCGAUUAAUGACUAAUAGCUCAGCUCCCCUACAUAACUCCCGGUUAUGUGUAAUCAUUUGAGGGAAAAUGGUAGUGUUUUACACUGCCAGACAAGCACGUUCGUAUGUGUCUCCGAUAGCUUCUACUGCCGAUCCCGAUUUAUGUAACGUUCAAAAUUACUUAAUCUCGUAAUAGCUGUGUAGAGUGCGCUCGUUUAAACGCAUGAAAUUGAAAAUGCUGUACCUUUAGUGCGCACACAAUAUAUUUAUGGCAUACAUUCGUUUUUGCGUAUAUAUUGGCAGAAUAAUAUUUCAUUUACGUUCGAAAGUUUUCAUUUUCCCCUUGUACGUGAUUUCAUGACGAUUUGGAUAUUGUGAAAUCUUGUACAAUAUAGGUGUAUAUAUGUAUAUGUAAUUGUACUUCUUAUUUACUGUGGUACAUACAAAAUCACGGAAGUGAGAGCACACGAACGUGUCUUAACAACUGCUGAUUCAAGUGCCCACACAUAAUAAUCGGUUUGACGCUAUGUGCGAGAAUUUGUAUAUGAGACUGUCAUUUUGUCGAUCUGUAAAUCAAUUUACGAAGGAUUUUUUUAGCCGGAUGUACGACAUUAUCCGAAACGAUGAGUCUUCAAAACGUCAAUACGUAUAUCGAUAUAUGUAUUAAAAUUUGUAACGACUGAUAAGCAUGUUAAUACCGAUCGAUAUUGUCUUUUUCUUACGUCACGUGCGGAAAAAAAUUUCGAAAUUCGCAAGAUGAAACGUAAGAAUAUUUUUGUGUUGUCCGAAAAUUGAUAGAUAAUUUAUAUCAGAAUGGAACAGGGAGAGGACACGAGUGCAAAAGAUUUGUUUUGAUAUUAAAUUGAAAUUGUCAAAUUGCUCAUUUAAAAUAUUAUUUUUAUUAUAUCGUGGUUGUUUAUUAUAUCUUAAUUGUUUGAUAUCUCACAUAAUAUAACUUACGUUAAACUUUGGAACGUUUUUCAAUCAAUAAAAUGGUUGUUUCAUAUCACGUGAAAGAUAAAAAGAUCACGAGAAAAAUAAGAAACGGUAGAAAAUGAUAAUAAUAAUGCGAUAAUUGGAAUUGGAAAUCUUCUCUACUUUAAGAUUUAUUUAUCAACUGUCAAAAUUGAUUCAUUAUAUUCUCCUGUUGAAAUGUCUCCGAACAUAUAAUAAAUUUGAAUCUAUAUCUUUUCGUGUAUAAUAUAUGUAAUAUGUACUAUGUAAUUUGCUGGUUUUAUAAUCAUUGUUUAUACAUUCUUUUCUAUCCUACGUCUAUUGCACUUCAUUAUGUGCGUCGUACAAUUGGUCGAGAUAGUUAUAUAUAUAUAUAUUAUAUAGAUAUAUAGAUAUCUCGCACAUAGUUAUAUAUAUAAUAUGUAUAUAUAUUAUAUAUAAUAAUUGUCCAGAUUGUUCGACUUUUACUUUAUGUGGUCAAAGUUUAUGUUAAAAGUAUUUAUAGAGUCUAAAUUAUAAGAUUAUGAUAUCAAAGUUUCUCAAAAUGAGAAAGUAGAGUAUUAAAAUAUUUCCUUUCUCAGCUACGAAAAGUGCUAGCUUGAAUAAAUAUUACGAAGGUAUCAAAAAUAUUUUUUAAAGAGAUCUCACUAUGAGUUUUUACCGUUUUAAACCAAACUUUUAGCAUAAGAAUUUUCAGAAGCAAGACGGAGGGCAAGAUAAGAAAAAGGCACAGGCACGUCUAAUCUGUUGUAGGAAUUCAGUAUCUCAGUGUGCUGAGGAGAAAGAAGGCGAUGCGAUAGUAUAAAUUUAGUUAACCUUUUUGUUGAUGCGUAGGCUAGUAAAAGGAGACGAGUUGAAUCAUCAGGAAGAUACCAAGCUUUACAUCCCGAGCAAGGUCUGCGUUGAUAUUCGACGAUGAAAAAUGACUUAAUAUUCCACAGCUCGCAAGGAGCACAAUGUGUUCGCUAUAUAGAACUUACGUAAACGUAGACUUUGUCAGGUGUGAUAACGAUUGCAAUAUAUGUAUAUGUGUAUAUAUGUGUACAUAUAUAUACAUACAUGUUCUAUGUACUUAUAUAUAUACAUAUAUAUGACGAUGUAUUUUGUAAAAAAAAAGAAAAGAAAGGCGCUUAACGAUUGCGUUUAACGACUUGUGCCAGAGAGUGAGAGCCUCCUUCCCCAAUGAAGGAUUGUAAAUGUACAUUAUUUCUAACUAUGCCUCAUACUACUUCUGCCUGAAUUUUCAAAGAUGUUGCGGACGAAUUGAUAGACCGUUAUUUAUCGAAUUUCGCUGGAAUUCGAUUGAAAGAAUAUCCUCGUGCGUCUCCAUUCGUCUACGAACAGUGCUUUGAAAAUCACGUUUCAGAGGUCGACGUACAUUUCUAUUCGUUUCUUCGCAAGAUUGUUCGAGCGUCAUUUGCGAGGGGAGUAAAAAUCGUUGUUCAGUUGUAAAUAUAGCGUAUGCCAAUAACGGUAAACAAUAAACAUAGAUAUACCGCUAAUAUUAUUAACAUUACUAGUAUUAACUACUAUGCGAUAGCUUUAACAAUAUUUAUCAAUGCUACCGCGCGAUCGGCAGUUAAUAGAAUUAUCGAGGACUCUGCUCUCUCGAUUCACACAUUUCCCCGGAACGAGAUCGGAUCGGCGAUGCAGGGUCCGAGAGUCUUGCGCCAGUGCGAACACACAGCGACCGUGGAGAAUUUAUUUUUCGCGAGCGAACCACUUACGUGUCUCUACUGUACAUGCGAAUUUAAACGAUCACGGAAGAAAGGUGUUGCUUUCACGAUGACGUCAAGGAAAUAGAGAAAGAAAGAAAAAAAGAUGGAGCGAAAAAUUUGUACGUUCGCAUCGUUUUUAACACGUUUCUUCCCUCGCCCGUUCCAGCUGUCGGAAGUAUCUCCCGUGUAAAUGUCGUUCUUUUGGUAACUAUGAUAUAGAAGAAAGUAAUACACAUUACUUAGGUAUUAUCGUAUGCGAAGAUGCCAUACUUAGGUACACUUUACCCGUAAGCGAGCGCACCAAACCCGGCGGUAUGACGUCGGGGCAAUUCCACGACAACACCGAUCUGUUUUCGUUUCCGUUCCAUGUGUUCGUCUUCUGAGAGCGAAACGUCCACCCUCGUAUCAUCGAUGUCUCCGAGAGAAAUAUACCAUCGAGAGAGUCACUCUCGAUAAUUGCUCUCGAGAUGUACGAUGGACACGACACUGGAAAAAUACUAACGGAGGGCUACUCUCUCAUUCGCAUCUUCUCGUUCUCUUUACUUCCGAGAGUCGCUCAGAAAUGGGCGGAUCAAUCGCAAUUGUGUGCUCCCUUUUUCUUCAUUAGCGAGUAAGCGACUUGAGUACGCGGUUUCGCCGGUGUAAUUGGCAUUUUUCUAUCUUGCGCAAUAGCCACCCGUGCGCCACGGGACGACACUUGGAGGUCGGUGAAAAAAUUUUCCCACACGCGAGAGGAGGCUUUCCCUUUCUCAUGGAGGAGCUAUCUCGUCCGAGAUCUGUGGGCCGUUAUAAGAUUACAUAUAGAUGUAGCGCACAUCGAGCAAAAUAUGAAAUUAAAAUGAUUUUGUUAAGAUAUAAUUAAGUUUAGACAUUUAUGUUAUGUAAUUUUUAAUUUGUAUGGAAAAUUAUAACAUAUAUGUAUUUAAUUUGAAAUUAGAAUGAUUGAUAAUUCGAUUACUCCUACAAAAGAAGUUCUUUUUGAUUGGAGAUAAAACAAUAUGUCACAUAUGUCAAAGUGCGAUACGAAUUGCACGAAAUAUUAUUUUAAGUACAUUUAUGAGAUAUUAACGAUAUGUUCAUAUGAAAAUGUACAAUAAUGCGAUGAUGGAUAAGCGCCUCUGACAGAUGGUUCUAAAAAAAUAUAAUGCGUAUUUGACGAUAUAUCGAAAUCAAUACGAUACAAGGACCGGUGUAAUAGUGUAUUCAUAGGCUAAAAAGCGGAGAUGAAGAGAGUCAGGAGGGAUCACUUGUAUAUUAUAUCGUUCACUGUUAUAUUGUACUUGAUACGUUCGUGAUACGCAGGAACGUAUAAACGCGUCUGGCGGACGCGAGGCACCAAAAAAUUUUUUACGAGCGUAUCUCCCUUUCUUUUUCUCAUUAUCCCGAUGCACACUGCUGCAAGUUACAUUGGUGCACUUUCGCGAGAACGAGUGUACCGUGACAUGAGACUUGCACGAACAUGACGCCUUGGUCGAGCACACGACGCGUUCAUGGCAAGGCGUGAAAUGGUGCUGUUACUUUCUUGCGAACAUAAGAAGCUUGUAUAUUUUUGCGCCUCUUGUUUGUAAGAUAAUCAUUUACAAAUAAAUCACGAGAAAAC